CUCUACCACAUCCUAAGCACCAAAGCCAAACUACGGAGAAAAAAAUAAUCUAAAACGGUCCAACGAAAGCCUUAACCGACUGAAGUAGCAAAACCACCGAUUCAGAUAUUCUAAUCCCAGCCCCGGAUGACUACCAAACCACAUCCGCCCAAGUUGACCACGUCAUUCAGCCUGGACUUUGACAGCGCAUCGGAGCUGCCGACUGCCGGCCCCGUAUACACCGUGAUAAAGGUGUUCAAUGCACGACUCGGAGAUGAGUUGAACUUGCAAGUGGGAGACAAACUUGAGGUUAUUGCCGAUGACAGCGAGUACAACGACGGCUGGUACAUGGGGCGCAACAUGGUGACGGGCGAGACGGGACUCUAUCCUAAGACGUUUACCCAGCUCGUACUGGGCAUCCCUAAACUCCUUCGUGCUGCAUCGCGCCGUGUUGUGUCUAAUGGGAGUACCCCCAAGGGGUCUGUCGCGAGCACCCCGACCCACGCGUCUCCCGGCUUGAGCGACGUACCCUUUACGCGCAACACGUCCGUGCACAAAACCAUGUCAGACAUUGACAAGGCACUCCAGGAACUCGGUGAGUCCAAGCGCAUGUCGCUCGACCCGCUCGAGGUGGAGUCAUGGACGCCUGAACAGGUGAGCGCAUACUUUGUGUAUUUGGGCUUUGACGUCGAGAGCGCGGGCCAGUUCCAACGCCACAAGAUCAACGGCCAGAUUCUCCUCGAGUUGGAGCUCACGUACCUCAAAGAGUUGGAUAUUGUGUCUUUCGGCACGCGCUUCGAAAUGUUCAAGGAGAUCGAGACGCUCAAGCAGGCGCGCCCGAAAACCCACUCGAACGAGCCAUACACGCCACAGGCUAAACGCCAUUCACUUCUCCUAGCAGCACCGAUCACGCGUGGCGCGUCGCAGGACCGCACUCCACCUUUACACCAGCGCACCAAGUCGCGGUCGUCGGAAGAUGUGCCGUUUGCACAUUUUAAAAAACUCCAGAGCCAAAACACGACCCCAAAGAGCCCGAGUGGGAUUUUUGACAAGCCUCAUGCUGCUCACGGCGUCUUUGACUCCCCGCGCAAGGCACCACAGCCGCCGAACCACCGCUCCCCCGUGGCGGAGGGCCUCAGCAAGUUCCGCAGCGUAUUGGACCCCGCUUUCACGAGCCCCGAGCAGGCGCGUGCUCCGCGUAAGCGCAGCAGUAUGACCUUUUCGCGGCCCGUAUCGUCCAUGGGCUUUGAUAACGCGAGCUCCACGUGGCUCCUCCCCGAGACAGAGGUCAAGCAUAGCUCCAAGUCCAAGCAUCACCGGCGCCACUCAUCGCUGUUCUCAUUUGCCUCGUUAACGGGCGAAAGUAAGAGCCACUCGCGCAAGGAUUCGGGGACACCUGCACCGGGCCAUUCGCGCAAGGGUUCCGCAACGACUGCUCCUGGCCACUCGCGCAAGGGCUCCGCAACGACAGCGCCUGGCCACUCGCGCAAGGGCUCUGCGACGUUUGUUUCGCCACUCUCGACUACGCCAUCGCGGCCAGUGUCAACAAUCAACGAGCGUAACUUUGCGGCGGUGUUGAACACGCCGACAAACUUCUUCGACGACGUCGCGGUGCUGCUGCCAUUGAAGAGCCCGACGCGCGCGGCGAGCGGCAGCCCCGCGCACGGCACCGCCAGCCCCAGCAGCCCGACACGCGCUGCUCUGGACAACAUCAAGUUUGGCCUGCGCCCACAGCAGAAACGUACGCUCACGACGCGCAAGAAGCAGACGUCCGCCUUCCAGGAGGGCAUCCGGCACAUCUCACCCACCGAGGCGAUCCGUUCCUCCGACUACUCCGGCUGGAUGUCCAAACGAGGUAAUGUUACUAUCGGCACGUGGAAGACGCGCUACUUCACGCUCCACAACACGCGGUUGUCGUAUUUUGGUUCGCUCAAGGACAAGACCGAGAAGGGCUUGAUUGAUAUCACCGCGCACAAGGUGUUGCCCGCGCGCGAGAACGAGGACAAGUUUGUGGCGAUAUACGCGGCGUCCACGGGCUCCGGGCGCUACUGCUUCAAGUUGGUGCCGCCGGCGCCGGGGUCCAAGAAGGGCCUUACGUUCACGCAACAGAAGGUGCACUACUUCGCGGUCGAGACGCAGGAUGAGAUGCGCGAGUGGAUGGCCGCGUUGAUGAAAGCGACAAUCGAUAUCGAUGAGACAGUUCCGGUGGUGAGUUCGUGUGUGACCCCGACGAUCUCGCUUCCGAAGGCUCAGGAGAUGCUCGCGAAAGCGCGCGAGGAGACGCGUUUGAAGGAUGAGCAGUUGCGUGCGAAGGGCUUCCUCCAGCAGGGCUACUCUUACAACGUGGACGAGGACCCUGCAUUCGCGCACGACGUGAACUCUAGCUACUCAAACAAAACCAGCUCGUCUGCGUCGACUCCGGCCGAUCUGGCGUCGAUGACGUUUGAUCCAAACCACAAGGCGCUCUCCAUGUCCGCGCGCACCACUUCCACCGCGUCGUCACACCAGACUUCGACACUUAACAAGCCGCAUUUGAGUGCAGGCUCCGGCUUUAGCUCGCCGUUUUUGCUCGCCUCUGGCGCGUUCUCGAGCAAGAGCCCAACAUCGCCGCGUGACUUUAGUGCGGGCACCAGGUCGAGCAAGGUGGAAUCACCGGUAGGUGUCAAGGACGCGGAGAAGCGGUUUUCCAGUAUGCACUUUUGAUCGGAGAGCCUGACGUGUUUUCGAGUUCUACCGGAUUUCAUUGGUUCGCGUUUCCUCCUCGUGGUUCAAGUCUGGUGCUAGUCGUUCUCUUGUUAGGAUCUGGCUAGAUUGGGCCAUAACAGGACUUUAACCAUGCCUAAGCGGCUGAGCUUUAGUUUAGAGAGCCUUUAAGGAUUGUCUCUUGGCUAGGGUGUUGUCUUCUUUGUAGUUAGUCUCCUGAUGCCUGUUUCCAGGCUCUUAUCUUCUUGUGUUUAUAUCCUGGUUUAUGUUUCGGUUAUUUUCCAAUAUACUAAUGGUUUAAUACACCUGUAAGCUGUAACCAGGAAAGCCGCAAUAUUGAUUGUUCACACGUCAGGUGAUUAUGUUGCGUAUAGUUUUACAAGGCCAUGUCUGUUUGUGAUACCCGGGAGUGCUUUUUG